CCUAGCUUGAGUGUCACGUCGAAAACAUUAUGACUAUUGAGAUUACCUCUGAUGCCGACCUUCCGAAGUGUUUGAACACGCCAUCGAAGCAGACUACAAAGGCACGCCAACUGGCCCACUUGCACUCAGGCAUCCCCGCCAAGAAGGCUCGAGGGCCCCGACCACAAGGCUUUUUCAGUAGGACAGUGAUCGUAACGCUGCAGAAUGGCGAAGACGUCGUCAUACAGUUCCGACCCGAACCCCUAGAUCUUGUGCCCUUCUUGGUUGCCCGGAGAGUGCUUGGCGUGGCUGUCCCUGACGCCAAAGUAAUUCAGGACGAAGAGCUGGAAUGUGAGGGCAUAUGGGUUUACUGGAUGACGUGCAUACCUGGGAAAACAUGGCUUGAUGGCGCAAGAGGGAGAGUCUCACAAACCAGGGUUACUACUGUCCGAUCCUUGGGCCGGAUUUUGUCAAGAGGCUAUGUCGACGAUAGCAGUGAGUUGGUUAUUGAUCACAAGCUUCACCCGCAUCUAGAGCUACUCCUAGCCUCUGAGGAUCCCCAGAUUCGUCGAUUCCACGUCGUGGCGAGAGAUUUGAUCGGCAAAUUGGACCAGCUCAAGAACCUACCACUUUUUGUCGCUCACUUCGACCUAAACGAUGUCAACAUCAUGGUUGAUGAUAACUGUGACGUUUCUGGCAUCGUUGACUGGGAACUAUCGACCCCUCUUCCCUUUGGCAUGGGUUUUUGCCGCAUCCACACACUUGCUGGCGAGUUUUCCGAGAAAAAGUUUCACAUCCCGCCCGAAUUUGAGGACGCGGAGAGAGGAUUUUGGCAGGAGAUUUGGGAUGGGAUUCCUGAGAAUGUUCGUAGUCAUGCCAACCCGGAAGCGGUCCAGAUCGCCGUCACGCUAGGGACACUUCUGGAUGACUUCCAGCUGGAGGAAGGCAAAAUCGGACCCUAUAAUCCCGUAGUCGUUGACGCCCUCCCAAAGUUUCUUACCUACCGUAUUCCCUUGAUAAGGGGCUCAGGUUCACCACCAUAUUCAGAAUGAGUGAGAAUGGAUGGUUUGAAAUGUGGCUGCCGAUGUAAUGAGACAGUAGGAUAAAUACACGCGCCAGGGUUGUACAAGGACGUGGGAGGUGGCUGAAGAAGAAAAGGCUGACAAGGAGGCGUUGAGCUACCAUCCACAAUCUCCUC